GGCAGUAGAGAGACGCACCAGUCACUCAGAGAAGGCCGCAUCGCUAGUGGUUGAGUACGCUUGUAUUGGACUUUUAAGACUUUUGUGUUUGCAACCUCUCGGGCGAUGGAAAGCAGGAUCACGCCGCUCGGACUGACCGGCCACUCCGCCAGUCCUCUCGGGGGCUUGCACGUGCCUGCUUCCCUCCUGCGUCCGCCACCUCUCUUCCUCCGAGCGUGCAAUCCCGCUCUGGAGAGGGGAUACCCGCGCACCCCGAAGUGCGCCCGGUGCAGGAACCACGGCGUGGUGUCCGCGCUGAAGGGCCACAAGCGCUUCUGCCGCUGGAGAGACUGCGUGUGCGCAAAGUGCACCCUGAUUGCGGAGAGGCAGCGGGUGAUGGCCGCGCAGGUGGCGCUGAGGAGGCAGCAGGCUCAGGAGGAGAGCGAGGCCCGCGAGCUUCGGCUCGUGUACCACGGCUCGGGGAUGAUCGGGGAAACAGGGAUCCUUCAGGCGUCACCCGUAGGCCCUGGGGUGCCAGCAGCUACCGGAAACACCCCGACAGCUCCCAGUUUUGAUGUUUUUGGAGCAGAGAACCAAAAAGAUGAUGACAAACUGAGCAAGUACAGCUUUUAUAACGGAUUCCUGGGCCGACCCCUCUUUGCACACCACCCCGCGCACCUGCCCUCUCCAAUAGACAAGAAAGAUCUGUCUCCAAACCGGGACAACACCACCUCAUUCAGUGAAGACAGGGCAAGUCCGUCCCCGGUGUUCGAUCAGGGCUCGGACCACAUAGAGAGCCCGGAGAGGUCGCUUUCCUCCUCGGAUCCGGAGUCAGGCAGCGAGUCGGAGAAACCCAAGGACUACCGGAGCCCGAACCGGGACCCCACUGACAUAAUGGCCAAGAUCUUCCCCCAUCAGAAACGGGACACCCUGGAGUCUAUGGUGAGAACGUGCAAAGGCGACAUUGUCAGAUCCAUUGAACUGGUGCUGAGCUCCAGAGAGAACAAAAUUGACUCCGACAGCGUGUCUCCGUCUAAUCACCCGAAUGCACUCAGGCAUUCUGUCGGCCUGCCCGGAGCGCUCGGUGGCCUGGGGAGCAAGUCUGCCUUCUCUCCGCUCCACAUGCCACCGCCGGCCGCCGGGGGAGACAGUCUGUACGGGCUUAGCCCCCGCCUUGGGGUCAGCCCCUUGAGGCUGGCCUAUUCCUCUGCGAACGGUGGUGUGGCAGGUUUUAUGUCACCAUACGUGACAUCUGGACUGAUGCCGGUGUUUCCACUACGUCCACCCUUCGACUCCUAUUCCUUCCCCGGCAUGAUCAGAGACCUCUCUUACCUUCAGAGCAAGGAGUCACUGUGCAGUAGUGCAGGUCUUUACACAAGACCUAGCAGUGAAAAAUGACAAAUGAGAAUUUAAAGAAAAUAAAUCAGUAAUCUUAUUUCGACUUGGCUUUCAGAUUUACCUCUAAAUCCCCUUUCAAAUGCCUCAAACCUUAAAGUGCUGAUUGAAAUCACUGCAUUACUUUCCAGACUUGUUUGUUAUAGUGUAA